ACGAGUACUGUGGUCUGUCUGAAUUUAGCACUGGGUGGAGAACGAAGUGCGAGUUUGUUGGUUGGUGAGUCGAUUAAGAGGUGGUGUGGGAUAGCAUCGGCCGACGGCCUGUAUAGGUCCGGUAGCGGUGCUAUUUCACAGCUUCUGGUUGCUCAUUAAAUCAAUAACCUGGAUAGGGAUGGCAGGGAGACAGGUGGAUGUUAUGGAUUACAGUGAGGCAGAGGGAAAUGGUAGUGAUGAGAGGAGGGAAAGUGAUUGGGAGGAAGUAGGGAGAAUGCAUAGGGAUAAGAAGGAGGCUAGUCGUAAAAGAAAGAAAAAAGGUUGUGUUAGUUCAAAUGGGACGGAAAGUGAAGAAGAUGAAGGGAAGGAACCUAAAAUAAGAUUGCUUAAUGUAGUGGUACGAUUUGAGGGAGAAGGAGGAGUAAAAAAAAUGGAUCCACUUAAGUUAACUAAAAUAAUAAGAGAAAAGGUAGGAGAAGUGAAGUAUGCAAGAAUUUUGGGAGAUGGAAAUCUACUGGUAGGAUGUAAUAAUGAAGUACAGAUGGAAAAAGCAAAGAAGAUGAGUUGUGUUGGAAAAAUAAAAAUAGUAAGAGUGGGGGAGAAAAGAAGUGGCGGAAGUAAGGGAGUGAUAUAUGGAAUACCUCUUACUGUAAAUAUGAAAGAGUUGGUGGAGAACUUGAGAAUGAAGAAUAGGUCAGUUAAAAGUGCAGUAAGAAUGACACGGGGAGUGGAGAAAGUAGAAACAGAAUCUGUAUUGGUUGAGUUUGAAACAAAGGAGGUACCAAAAGAGGUAUAUUAUGGAUUUAUGAGAUACAGCAUAAGAGACUAUGUACCUAAGCCAAUGAGAUGUUAUAAAUGUCAGGAAUUUGGACAUAUGGCUAAUGUAUGUAAAGGAAAGAGGAGGUGUGCUAGGUGUAGUGGUGAUCAUGAAUAUGGAAAGUGUGGGGAAGAAGUAAGACCAAAGUGUUGUAACUGUGGAGGGAAUCAUAGUGUGGCAUUUUGGGGAUGCGAAGUGAUGAAAAAAGAAGUUAAAGUACAACAGAUAAAAUUAAAAGAAAACAUUUCUUAUGUUGAGGCUGUUAAGAGAACAGAGCAGGAAAAGACGAAUCAGAGUGGAGAAAGUGGAAGAUCCCCAAGAAAAGAAGGAAAAAAAUGGGAAGAGAAGAAGAAAAUAGUGACAUUCAUAGCAGGGGUGAUAAAUGCUACAGCUGAAGUCAGGUCUAAAACUGAAAGAAUCCAGAUUAUUGUUAAAGCAGCAAUACACCACUUAGAUAUGGCAGGAUUAAAGUGGGAAGAGGUGAGGGAUGAACUCAGUGUACAGUCGAGUCAAGAGACAACAUGUAUAGGUUAGUAAUUUUUGUAAUGCUAAUCCUUCAAUGGAA